AUGGCAGCCAUCUCGCCAUCCUGCCAUGGACAUGUGCGGCCCUUGCUGCAAGCAGCUUCUCGUGCCCCAGAUGUUCGACGAAAGCCCCAGGAAGAACACCUGAAGAGGCUUCCAGCAGGUCUACUUCUCGGUGCUUCUGCGAUCAUUUCCGUCCGCCGUGGCAAAAGAAGCGGGCGCAUCUGCCGAGCCGCCGGUGAUGCCGCGAAGGGUGCUGUCCGGGAGCUGCCACUUCCUCCUGGAAAGCCCGGCAAUGCCUUUCUCGAUUUGCUGAAGUACGUGAAGGAUCCUGACGGAUAUAUCGCAGAGCAAGUCGAAGCAUAUGGGCCGGUGUUUCAGAUGAACUACUUCGGCCGCAAAACUGUCAUUGUGGGUGGUGCAGAGGGUGUGACCGGUUUUACCAGCGCUGAGAAGAAAAUCACAAAAUCUGCUUUACCAGACACUUUCUCGCAGUUGCACACUGAGUAUGGCACCAUGAACCUUGGAGGGGAGGCCCACGCAACCAGCCGUGUGGGAUUGAUCAACUCUGCUCUAUGUGAGGAGGCCUUCGAAUAUUUUCUGCCCGUUAUUCAGGCACGCUGUUCAGAGUUUCUGGACUCUGUGGAGUCCAGAGGCAAAUUCCGGCCGGCGCAGGAGCUAAAGGACUGGAGUGUGACACUCUUUGCAGAGCUCUUCACCGGCAUCCCUUUCGACCAGGAAAUGAUGAAGUUGCUCUACAGCUACAACGAGGGACUGUAUGGGCUCAUCCCUCUGAAGCUCCCCUUCACCGCUUUUGGCCGUGGUUUUCGGGCCAAGGACGAGCUUGUUAACCGGCUCCGGGGACAGAUCGAAGAACUGAAGCGCAGUGGCAAGAUCGAGGAGACUACUACUUCUGCUACUACUACUACUACUACUACUACUGCUACUGCUACUACUACUACUACUACUACUACUACUCCUACUCCUACUCCUACUACUACUCCUACUCCUACUCCUGCUCCUGCUCCCGCUCCCGCUCCUGCUCCCGCUCCCGCUCCUGCUCCUGCUCCUCGUCCUCCUCCUCGUCCUCCUCCCACUCCUCCUACUUCACCAGGGUGA